UCCCACUUCCUCCCAUCUCUUCCUCCAUUCAUAACAACCACCUCCACCCCCCCACAUCAUCCUUCUCAGGGCCUCGGCGAUCUCGUCUGUUUCUCUACCAUAUCAUCCUCAUUUCCAUCCUUAUUUUGCUGCCACAGAUCGGCGGGUCCUGACCUACACGUGCAAAAGCUCUCUCGCCCCAGGGUUUUUGGGGCUGUCCAAGCAACCGCUGCCGAUAUCCUUCCUUGCUUGGAUAAUUUCGUUCUUAACGGCCGCCUGAUACAAUCAUACACACUUGCUUGACUAUCGCUGCCUCGAGUUAGGUGUGCUGCGAGCUAUUCAACAUCCAGCCCACCUACUUGUGUGCCUUGCACUCUAUUUUGACAGGCACUGCCACCCCCCAAAAUGGCUGAUAGGGGUCGUGGAAGAGGACGAGGACGUGGUGAUGGCGCUGCUCGCGGCGGUCCAAGCCGUGGAGGCUCUUUCCCGCCCGCCCGUGGAGGAGGCGACCGUGGAGGUCGUGGUGGAUACCGCGGUGGUGGUGACCGUGGUGGAGGAGAUCGUGGUGGUGGCUACCGCGGAGGAGGAGGAGGAGGAGAUCGCGGCGCGUUCCGUGGAGGUGGCGAUCGGGGCCGUGGGGGCGGUGACCGAGGUGGCCGCGGCGGACGGCCGCCUCCACAGGUCUACGCACCUCCCACUGGAGGAGCCCCCGUCCCCGACAACAAGGUUAAGAACGUCGAGGCUGCUCGCCAGAAGGCCCGCAAGUCUCUCGAGGGCGCCACGAGUUCGCUGAGUCUCGACACUCCCGCCCUGCUACCAGCUCGACCUGGUUAUGGCACCGAGGGCCAGGCCAUUACUGUCUACGCCAACUACGUCGAGCUGCUUCCCCCGUCCGACCUGACCCUAUACUCGUACGAUAUCGCUGAGAUCAAACCCGACGUCGCCGGAAAGAAGCGAACCCAGGUGAUCCGUCUCUUGAUCGCCGAGUCGCCAGAGCUGGAGAGUUGCCGAGGAGACAUGGUCACCGACUUCAAGUCCACCCUGAUUUCUCGCAAGAAACUGGACCUGGGAGGAGAGGAAAAGGUUAUCGAGGUUACUUACAAAGCUGAGGGGGAGGAUGAUCCCAAGGAGAAGGCCCCCGUAUACAAGGUUAGUGUUAAGUACACUAAAACGCUGACUGUUGGCGACCUGAUGGCCUUCCUCACCUCGACAAACCCAUCAGUCCAAUAUGACAGCAAGUUGGAGAUGAUCCAGGCCCUCAACAUCUUCCUCAAGCACUGGGCCAAGUCCAACAACAACGUGGCAACUAUUGGCGCCAGCAAGACCUUUUCCAUGACUGGCCGCGCCGACAAGCUCGAUCUAGGAAGGGGACUCACCGCCCUUCGUGGUUUCUUCACCAGCGUUCGAGCUGCCACCAACCGCAUCCUCGUAAACGUCAACGUCAGCCAUGGCGCCUUCUACAACGAAGGAAAGCUUAUCGAUUUGAUCGGAGCAUAUAACCCUCGUCCAGACCACAGUGGAUGGCGCUCCCUAGAGAAGUUCCUCAAACGUGUCCGCGUGCGAACGACACACCUCAAGGAGAAGAAGAACAAGAAGGGAGAGGUCAUCAUUCGGGCCAAGACCAUCUUCGGUUUGGCAAAGGCAUCAGACGGACAGGGCCCCAACCGGCCCAGGGUUCGAGAGUUCGCUGCUGGACCAAGGCACGUCGAAUUUUGGCUUGAAGACAGGUCCCCAGCUCCCGCAGCUUCGUCCUCUGUCCCAGGUGCCGGGCCAUCCCAGGCCGCCCCCAAGAAGAAGGGCAAGGGAAAGGGUGCCAAGGGAAAAGCCGAAGCACCUGCAACAGCAGGACCGCAGCCUGCAUCUACUAGCGCUGGUGCUGGCCGCUACAUCAGUGUCUACGACCACUUCAAGAACACGUACGACCUCACAUGUUCAGAUGACUUUCCCGUCGUCAACGUUGGCACAGAUAAGAACCCUUCCUACUUGCCCGCCGAGGUUUGCAUCGUGUUGCCUGGCCAGAGCGCCAUGGCCAAGCUCAGCGGCGAUCAGACCAGAAACAUGAUCAGGUUUGCUGUCCGCGGGCCCUGGCUCAACGCCAUGUCUAUCGUCAACGAUGGUCUUUCUACUGGUGGUCUGUCAAGGGAUACCAAUCCUCUUCUGGCACAAUUCGGCAUCAAUGCUAGCCAGAGCUUAAUCACCGUUCCAGCUCGUGUGCUGCAGGAGCCCAAGGUGUUUUACAAGAAUAAUAAGUCCGUCAAUGUUGCUUUCGGUAGCUGGAACAUGGAGAAUGUCAUGUUCAACAAACCAGGCAACUUGAAAACCUGGUCGUGGCUGUCCAUCCAGGAUGGGAGGCGGCCCAAUUACACGAUGGACGACCUCAAUGCCACUGUGGCCAGGUUCUCCGCUUCAUUGACAAAGAAUGGCGUGACGGUGCAACAAAAAGCGUUUCCUGGCAAGGAAGUUCGCUUGAAGUACCCCAGCGACCCAGCGUUGGAUGCGACGUUUAAGGGAGCGGCCGACAAGCUGGACCUGCUGCUCGUCAUCCUCCCUGGUAGGGACAAGAGCGAUAACACCGAGUUGUACAGCUACAUCAAGACUCUUGGCGACACGAAGUAUGGCAUCCAUACCAUUUGCGUCGUUGGAUCCAAGUUCACUAGUGAACGAGGACAGGACCAAUACUUCGCCAAUGUUUCCCUCAAGUUCAAUCUCAAGCUUGGGGGUAACAAUCAGAUGGUCGAGCCCUCACGUUUAUCCUUCCUCAACGAUGAUAAGACCAUGGUUGUCGGCAUUGAUGUGACUCACCCAUCUCCUGGCUCAUCCUCCAACGCACCCUCUGUCGCCGGCAUGGUGGCAUCCACGGACAAGCACUUCGGCCAGUGGCCUGGCCGCCUUAGCAUACAGAGCGAGGCACGUCAGGAGAUGGUUUCCGACCUCACAUCUAUGCUAAAACAGGCUCUCCAAAACUGGAUCAACAUAGGAAGGCACGCGAGUCUGCCAGAGAACGUCCUCGUGUACCGCGACGGUGUUUCAGAAGGCCAGUACCAGACUGUCUAUGACGAAGAGGUUCCCCGCCUGCGCCAGGCGUUCGCGGAGAUGUACCCGGCGGAUCUUACCAAAAAGAACCUGCCGCGGCUCACCGUCAUCAUCGUCGGCAAGCGCCACCACACCCGCUUCUACCCCAGCCAGACCAAAGACAUGGACCGCGGCGGCAACUGCAAGCAGGGCACCGUCGUCGACAGCGGCGUGACGGAGGAGGGCAUGUGGGACUUCUUCCUGCAGUCGCACGCGGUGAUCCAGGGCACCGGCCGGCCGGCGCACUACGUCGUGCUGCUCGACGAGAUCUUCCGGUCCCGGGCCAAGGCGCUCAAGUCGGCCAACCCCCGGGACACGCCGGCCAACGAGCUCGAGCGCAUCACGCAGGCCCUCUGCUACUCGUACUCGCGCGCCACCAAGGCCGUCAGCAUCUGCACGCCCGCGUACCACGCCGACAUCCUCUGCGAGCGGGCGCGCAGGUACAUGGCGGACCUGUUCGAAGGGAGCUCGGACGACGCGAGCAGUGUUGCUACUGGUGGUGGUGCCAUCCCCACUGUGUCAGUGCACUCGAAGCUGGAGAACACCAUGUUCUACAUCUGAUCUUGGGGGGAUGGGGAGGGGGGACUCAUCAAUUCGACUUUUGGCGAUUUUGCCAUGCGAGGCGAUCGAUCUCUGAUCUGCAACAUGCGACACUCACCCAAAAGCAAAGGCUUCCACGUGCACACACUGCUCGGAAGCAGAAGGCUUGCACUACAAGUCAUUGCACGUGCGCCUUGUGACUGCUCAUCGGCAUCGAGAUGAAGUUGGAACUGGCCGGUAGGGACUUGAAGCCUGCUAGGCUGACUGUCAGCGCAUCCACUGGAUUUAUUUGUUGUUGGACUACCUAGGUAAAUGGGGGUGGGAGUCCAGAUUGGGCACUCUGUCUUAGCGAUAGUUUUUUUUUUUUAUUUAUUUUUUUUUAUUUGGUUGUUCUUUCGGUAGCUUCAGCGUGUUUUGUCAUUAUUUAUGACUGGAUGUCGAGCGAUGCUUUAGCAACAUUGAAGAGAUUUCAAAUGAUG